AUGUCUCGGUUUAGAUCUCGGCGUCAGUAUGAUGGUUAUAUGUCUGUGCCCAACGACGACAGUGGAUUUUCGGACGCUCAAUUUGAAGCACCACCUCAGAAGAUACCUUGGAAAGCCUUAAGUUUAGCGGCGUUUUUGUUUAUAGUUGGAACUUCUUUAUUAAUAGUGGGAAGUCUUAUUGUAACUGGUCAUAUAGAUACAAAAUAUUCUGACAGAUUAUGGCCAAUGAUUGUUUUAGGUUGUAUAAUGUUUCUUCCUGGGGCUUAUCAUAUGAGAAUAGCAUAUUAUGCAUACAAGGAAUAUCCAGGAUACAGUUUCGAGGAUAUACCAGAAUUUGAGUAG